AGCACAGGAUGCGAUCGCGCCACCCCGACCGUGAGCAAUCUCCCAACUCAUAUCAGGUUGUUAUUCCCAAACAGAAGUAUUGUUAAAUAAUUCUGAGAUAUUUUAGAAAAUGUGACAUGUACGGAAAGAAAUAGACCAUUUCAAUAAUGGAUUUAUCACGUUACCAAAAAGUUUUGCGCGUGGCACAGCAAGGAUGGUCGCAAUGGAGCCGUAGCAAAGAGGUUAUGUCACGCCGGCGUUUGGGGAUUGUGAAUUACAGAACAAGCGUCAGUCAAAGUAUUAAGCCAAUGAAUGAACAAUCAAAAGAGGAUGAAAUGUUGGAUAUUAGUCUUGCGAACAUUGUUAAAUAUGAGGAAAAUAAUAAAAUCGAUAUGCUAAUGAGGAAAGGGUCCAAAGCAAAACGUGUAAAAGUCUCUUCGACAGAACUGGAGAUCGCCAAAUGUAGUCACAAAUUUUUGCCGAAUACAGAUCCAUUCACCGCAAAAGAUAGUUUAACAGAUUUCAAUGAAGAUGAGCCUGAGGAUGGUCUCUUGAAUCUGACGGACAAAUUUCCACAUGCCCUGGAGACGGCCACCGAGGACAUGUCUUACAUUGGUCCAUAUUUCCCAAAGUCGUAUAAUUCAGCAGCUUAUGCCGAUCGCUCUCCAUCCAUACAGAAGCUUGUUGACUUAGGAGUAAACGUGUACAAAUUAGAACACUUUCCAGACCGAAUUCAACUUCUAUUGCAAUUAGACAUUGAACAGGAUAUGAAACCUUACAUACAGUUCCUGCACGACUGUGGAGUACCUGCAGAUUCUCUUGGUAAAUUUAUUACAAUGAAUCCUAUGAUCUUUAAACAAGAUCUGGAUGACCUUAAGACAAGAAUCAGAUAUUUAAGGGCUCAUGGAUUCGAUGUACCAAUGAUAUCGCGAAUAGUUACUGCAAAUCCCUAUUGGCUUCUGUUAUCGACAACACGGAUAGAUAGGCGAUUGGGUUACUUUCAAAUGGAAUUUAAGCUCAGUGGACAAGAAGUUAGAAAACUCACAGUAAAGCGACCACGACUAAUCACUUACAAUAUGAACCACAUUAAAGAAAAUACAUUUGCGGUUAGGGAAGAGAUGGGUUUCGAAUUAUGGCAGACCAAGAUGGUUCUAAUGAACAAGCCAAAAUUAUGGACAAUGCGAAGAACAAAUAUCGUCGACUGCUUUGACUACGUGCACAAUGUAAUGAAAAUACCUCAUGAACUGCUUGCAAAGCAACCAGAUAUUUUAACGUUUAGGAAGGAACGUGUAAUUCAGAGGCACAAAUUUUUAGCCCUGCUUGGUCGUAACCAGUACGAUCCUUCAAAGCCAAUGUACGUUGCUCCAAAAACCCUGGUUAUUGGGACAGACCUUGAAUUUUGUCAAAACGUUGCACGUGAAUCGAUCCAGACUUACAAUGACUUUCUAAGAACAUUGUAAUCCUAGAAAGGCAAUUUCUUUUGACCUUCGAAUACUGCAUUAAAAGAGCUACAAUUUGUAAAUAAAUCUUGAAUGUUUAAGAUCCAA